GUGAGAUAUUUUAUGGGGGAAAAGAAUGCAGGUACACCGGACUCGAGUCCACUGUCACGUUCUCUUCUCUAUUCCCAAACUAGCAUUCACGAGUCAGCCAUGAUUUUCGCAUUGCUUCUCUACAAAUCAUAAGCUCAAUCUCAUUCAUUCACAUCAUCACCUCAACCCUCCAAUCUUGCUUUCACAAUGCUCCAUCACCCAUUACUUUACGCUUCCAAAAUCGCCACUCAGUCCACACUCUUCCCUCCGGUUUCUUCCGCCGGAAACAGCGCCGGCCGUUCUUCGUUUGCCGGAAAUUCGUCCGCCCGUGACGUGAGGUCGUUGAGGUUUAUGAAGCAAGCAUCGGGAAGCAAAUCGAACAAUGAACUUGGAGUUUUUAGCGAGACAAUGGACCGCGCCAGGCAUAGGACAACCACUGUUUAUGGUGGUCGUGCUCAAGAAGGGGUUCUUGAGGAAGAAACCUCCAAGGUGAUAGAGAGCAGACCAUCAUGGAAAGUUUUUCCAGGCCAGGCAUUUCCAUUGGGAGUAUCAGAAGUUGACAAUUGCAUGAAUUUUGCUAUUUUUUCACAACAUGCAACAGCUGUCACACUUUGUUUAGUACUUCCUGAGAGGGGAAGUAUUGACGCAUUGGAUGGUGGCAUGAUAGAAAUGGUUUUGGAUCCUGAUUUGAACAAAACUGGGGACAUUUGGCACAUAUGUAUUGAGGAUCUUCCACGUAGCAAUGUUCUGUAUGGAUAUCGCAUAGAUGGACCUGGAGACCGGGGUAAGGGGCAUCGAUUUGACAGCAGCAUUGUGCUUGUUGAUCCUUAUGCAAAACUAGUCGAAGGUCGAAGAUAUUUUGGGGAUAUUAGCUUGAAGUUGUCUAAGUUUCUCGGCACAUAUGAUUUUGACAGCUUGCCUUUCGACUGGGGAGAAAAUUACAAGCUUCCAAAUAUUUCUGAGAAAGAUCUUGUUAUAUAUGAGAUGAAUGUCCGUGCAUUUACAAGUGAUGAAUCUAGUGGUUUGGAUAGCAACAUUCGUGGCAGCUACCUCGGUGUGAUUGAAAAGAUUCCACACCUUCUAGAGCUUGGUAUCAAUGCAGUAGAGUUGCUGCCUGUCUUUGAGUUUGACGAGUUGGAAUUCCAGAGGUUUCCAAAUCCCAGAGAUCACAUGAUUAAUACAUGGGGUUAUUCAACAAUAAAUUUUUUUGCUCCUAUGAGUCGUUAUGCUAGUGCUGGUGGAGGAUCAGUUAAUGCUUCCCGAGAGUUCAAGCAAAUGGUUAAAGCGUUACAUUCUGCUGGUAUAGAGGUUAUUUUGGAUGUUGUCUACAAUCAUACUAAUGAGGCUGAUGAUGCCUUUCCUUACACUACUUCAUUUCGUGGCAUAGAUAAUAAGGUUUAUUACAUGAUGGACAAUAAUGGGCAAUUGUUGAACUUCUCUGGCUGUGGAAAUACAUUGAAUUGUAACCAUCCUGUGGUCAUGGAACUAAUUCUUGACAGCCUAAGACACUGGGUCACCGAAUAUCAUGUGGAUGGAUUUCGAUUUGAUCUUGCAAGUGUCCUUUGUCGAGGAAUUGAUGGCUCCCCCAUUAAUGCCCCCCCGCUUAUUAGGGCAAUUGCUAAAGAUGCAGUAUUAUCAAGAUGUAAAAUUAUUGCAGAGCCUUGGGACUGUGGAGGUCUCUAUCUUGUUGGGAGUUUUCCAAAUUGGGAUCGGUGGGCUGAAUGGAAUGGGAAAUAUCGUGAUGAUGUACGGAAAUUUAUUAAGGGUGAUUCUGGUGUGAAGGGGAGCUUUGCAACUCGUGUUGCUGGGUCUUCUGAUCUUUACAGAGUGAACAACCGUUGGCCAUAUCAUAGUAUUAACUUUGUUAUUGCACAUGACGGAUUUACCUUGCGUGAUCUUGUUUCAUACAAUUUCAAGCACAAUAAAGCCAAUGGGGAAGGUGGAAAAGACGGAAGCAAUGAUAAUUUCAGUUGGAAUUGUGGUUUCGAAGGGGAAACUGAUGAUGCUAGUAUAAGAGCUUUGCGAUCACGGCAAAUGAAAAACUUCCAUUUGGCAUUAAUGAUAUCUCAGGGUACACCAAUGAUGCUAAUGGGGGAUGAAUAUGGCCAUACUCGCUAUGGAAAUAACAAUAGUUAUGGGCAUGAUACUGCCAUUAAUAAUUUUUUGUGGGAUCAGUUGGAUGCACGGAAGAGCGAUCACUUCAGGUUUUUCUCAAAGGUGAUAAAGUACCGGCAUGCACAUGAAGUAUUCAGUCGUGAAAAUUUUCUCAACACGAACGACAUAACAUGGCAUGAGGACAAUUGGGAGAAUCCUGACAGCAAAUUUCUUGCAUUCACGCUUCAUGACAGGAGCGGGGGAGAUAUCUAUGUGGCAUUUAAUUCUCACGAUUACUUUGUCAAAGUUCUGCUGCCCACACCUCCAAAAAAGAGAAACUGGUUCCGUGUGGCGGACACUAAUCUCAAAUCACCGGAUGACUUUGUCCUUGAUGGUGUCCCUAGCGUAGGAAACACGUACAAUAUAGCUCCAUACUCCUCCAUUCUUCUUGAGGCGAAGUUUUGAUUGCAGAAGCUGUUGUAUAAAAACGUAAAAGAGAAAAUACUAGAAGACGCAUACGCAUAUAUACAAAACAAAAGAUAACUGCAUCUGCAUGGGAAGUGUAUUUCAGCUACAGGUCAAAGGGAACAAAAGCGGAAGAGGAAAAAUCUGAAAUCUUGUCAUUUCCAGAAUGGAGCAUGGCAUGGAGUUGGGUUACAAGCUACUAGAGGCCGGUCUUAUGAAUUUGGAUAAUCAUCACCACUUUAUCUAUACAUAUAUUUGUAAAUUUGAUUUGAGUGUAAUAAAUGCAUUAUCUAUCUAUAUUUUAUAUAUUGUUUACAUUGUAAAUUUGGCUUGAAUGGAAUAUAUGUUAUUAAUUUAUAUUGAAUCGUCUAAAUUUAAUCAUUCCCUUUCAUGGUUC